AUGGCUGCAAACGAAGCCGCGUCGCCACUAAUCAGAAGUAUCGGGAUCGCUAUGGACUUCAGCUGUAUCCUGGUCAGUCAAUCCGCCUUCUUCGCCCGGGCUUGCGAGGGUCCUUUUCGAGAGGCUCGAGACCGCAUCAUCGAUCUCAGGGGAGACGACCAGGCUGCUGUGGAGGCUAUGCUGUACUACUUCUAUCACGGCACUUAUCAUGCUGCAUCGACACAGCAACCACAUUCGCUGCCACUCUUCCAUGCCAGGGUCUACUUCCUCGCGGACAAGUACUUCGUCGCUCCGCUGCCGGACCUGGCACUCGCGAAUUUCAAGAUUGCCGUUCUGCGCUCCUGGCAUUCAGAGGGCUUUGCUGAUGCGGCGCAAGAAAUCUACAACAAUACCACAAGUCGAGACCAUCGGCUUCGUAUCGUGAUCCGCGAGACCAUAUCGGGCCACGCCGCCGCUCUCUUCCCACCACCAGCCUCUGGCACCAAGCUCGAGCAAAUGCUUGCCGACUGUCCCCAAUUCGCCGCAGACCUCGUACCCGUCUUCUCGGCAGCGCUGAGAGAGCAGGCAACCACCACCGACCGGCUUGGCAUGGUCGGCCGUGCGGUGAGGGAAGUACGUCCCGUGCCCGAGCUUGGCGACCUAGCGGAUAUUGGAGCGGAGCCUUCAGAGCGACUGUAUCGAUGCCCACGGUGCGAAGACCACUUUCGCGUGGCGAUCUACGAUAGGGACUUUUAUACGCAUCACUGCUCGCCUGCGACGGUGGCGCAGCAGUCGCAGGUUGUCUCGGAUACGCGUAGUGGGUAUGCGUGGCGGACACAGUAUACUUUUCAGUGA